AUGCAACCAAACUUGAAGAAAAUUGCAUUGCCUCUCAAUUCACUACCUGGAGCCAUCAGUGAUAAAAUUGUCAACCUCACCAACCUUGCCAUCCUUGACCUCUACUUUAAUCAUUUUGGUCGCAAGCUUCCUCUCAAUUUGGGGAAGCUCUCCAAGUUGAAGUUUGUGACCUUUGAUUUCAACAAUUUAGAAGGUGAUUUGCCCCCAUCUUUGAUGAAUUGCACAAACCUUAUAGAACUGCGUCUGGGAAACAACAACUUGAGAGGUGAUAUCUCCAUGCUUGCUUUUUCAGGACUAAGUCAACUUACUAAAGUUGACCUAAGAAUCAAUAACUUCACUGGUACGGUUCCAGUUUUUCGUGCCAGUCGCAAUAACCUCUCAGGAUUACUUCCAGAAGAUAUCUAUAAUGCUACUAAACUUGAAGAAAUUGCAUUGCCUUUCAAUUCACUACAUGGAGCCAUUAGUGAUAAAAUUGUCAACCUCACCAACCUUGCCAUCCUUGACCUCUCCUUUAAUCAUUUUGGGGGCGAGCUUCCUCUCAAUUUGGGGAUGCUCUCCAAGUUCAAGUUUGUGACCUUUGAUUUCAACAAUUUUGAAGGAGCUUUGCCCCCAUCUUUGAUGAAUUGCACAAACCUUGUAGAAUUGCAUUUGGGAAACAACAACUUGGAAGGAGAUAUCUCCAUGCUUGAUUUCUCAAGGCUGAGUCAACUUACUAAACUUGACCUAAGGUUCAAUAACUUCACUGGUACAGUUCCAAUAAGCCUUUACUCGUGUAGGUCCCUAAAAGCCAUUGGAUUGUCUAAAAAUCCUCUAGAGGGACAAAUAGAAGCUGAGAUUCUUUCAUUGAAAUCCUUGUCCUUCCUCUCUAUUGGAUUCAACCGAUUCACUAACCUCACAGGGGCAAUGAAGAUAUUCAUGAGUUUUAAAAGUCUUCACGCACUCUUGCUUACUGGUUCCUUUGUGGGUGAGGGAGUGCCAUCUGAUGAUGACAUGGUUGCUUUUCAUGGAUACCAAAAUCUUCGGGUUUUGAGUUUGGGUUCUUCUGACCUCAAUGGUCAAAUACCUUUAUGGUUAUCAAAGCUCAAGAAUCUAGAGAUGUUGGAACUGAGUUUCAAUCAAAUCACAGGGCCAAUUCCAAGUUGGUUGGGAACUCUUCCUAGGUUGUUUCACAUAAACUUGUCACACAACCGAAUUUCAGGUGAAUUUCCAAAGAAACUUUGUAGACUGCCAAGGUUGCUUUAUGAACCUAUUGCAUCUCAAGUAGAUGAAUAUGAAUUUGAAUUGCAUGUCUUCGAUGUGACCGCCAUAACCCCAAGUCAGAAAUUUUCUUUUUUUUCAACAAUGAUAGACUUAUCUAACAAUAACAUUAGUGGUUAUAUACCUGCUGAGAUCGGACAAUUGCAGCUUCUCCGCAAGUUAGUUCUUGACUCCAACAACUUCUCCGGCGUCAUUCCAGACCAAAUAUCUAACCUAAAAAAUUUAGAGAUUUUGAACCUCUCUAUGAAUCACUUGUCUGGAAGAAUCCCACUGUCAUUAGUGAGCCUUAAUUUCUUAAACCAAUUUAAUGUCUCAUGCAAUAACCUCGAAGGACCAAUACCAAUAGGAACCCAACUCCAAAGCUUCAACGCUUCUGCAUUUGAGGGGAACCCAAAACUUUGUGGUGCGCCACUUCCAAAUAAGUGCGAACCAAAUAAGGACAUGGGCGUAGAUAACAAGAACAACAAAGACAUGGAAAAUGGACUUCAUCAACUUCCAUGGUUUUAUAUCAUUGCAGCAUUGGGGUUCAUAGUAGGAUUUUGGGGUGUUUGUGGUUCUUUAGUUAUUAACAAGACAUGGAGAUAUGAGUAUUUUCGAUUCAUAGACAAUCUACAAGAAAGGUUCUAUGUGAUGAUAACAGUUUGCAUCAACACAAUGAAAGGAAGGCUUAUAGGGUAG